AUGCCAAUUUUAGAAAAUCUCAAUUUAUCUCAUACACGUGGAAAUGUUUUGAACAGAAAUGGCCAGAAAUGCAAGCCGAAAACGAAAUCUUUACGGCACUUCAGACACAGAUAGAUAGAGCUAAAGAAUACGUUGUCAGAGCCUUGGCUUUGGAGAAAAAAAACAUCGAUGGAUCGAGCAAACUCACCAAGCGAAUUCGAGCAGAACUGAAGUUUUUGACUGGGCUAAACGAUGAUCAUGUACAACUGAAGCCAUGUCAUUUGAACAGCACCAAUCUCUCCCACCUGGGGGGCAUCCUUGAUGUCGCGGAAAAACUAGAGGUUGCAUCCUUGUUAAAGCCAUUCAGUUGGCAUGCUGGGGAGGACAAAGCAUUGGGGCAACCUCCAUCAUCUGUUGUUGUUGAUGUGGCCACAUUUAAUGGAUGGUUUAAGGUGGUUGCACGUAAUCCAACUGCACUUCACUCUGCUUGGAAAGGUGAAGGAAAUUUUGGGGAAAAAUCUAUUGAUAAGCAGGCAAAGGAAUACCUGGGUGCUUGUCAGCAAAAUAAAGCAAACUUUUUGACACCAAAGGUGACUUUUGUUUUCACACAAGGAAUUACUGAAGAUUUAGCAGAAUGCUUGUUGAGCUGUGGCAUCUUCUUAGAAGGUGACAUUUUGCCAAAUCCUGGUUGCAAUGCAUUGAAAAACAGCAACCUUACCUCCAGAUCAACAGUCAAUCCUAAUGUGGUUGCUGUUUUGCAAUGUAAUAAAAUUAAUCUGGAUGUAACAGCUAUGAUUGCACUGGUGUCAGCCUUGACCAAUGGCUCUUGUCACUUACAAUUUCAGGAUCAAAUUCUUACUGAGCAAGCAGAGAGGGAAAGAUUGAAUCCAGUUUUACCAGAACUCAACAAAGUCCUUGAAGAUAAAGAAUUAUUCGCCUGUUCUCUGGCAAUUUCAAGUUUUCAAUCCAUUUUAAAUACGUUAGGAGGAGAAAAUGAAAUAGAGCGUGCGAGAAAGCUUCUCAGUAAAAUCACGGAAGUAAGCGACGAUCCUUCAGAAAGAACACAAGAGUUAUCAUCAAGCGGAACAAUAAAGGCGAGGCCAAAGAUCGUGUUUGGAACAGGGGAUCGUCUGCAGGCCGUAACAGUCACCUCAAACAGAUCAUUUGUUAGAGCUGCGAGAGAACAGGGCGUGGAGUUUGCAGUUUUUCUUCACGAGCCGAGAGCUUUAACGGAAAACAAGGAGCGGUUUGCUUCGCCAAUUUGAGAAAAGUUUGCAACGAAAAUAUAAAUGCAGGUCGAAAUAAAAACACAAUACUUAUUGGUCGAUAUUGAAACGCUGGAGUGAUGAACGGGUUUAGCUAUCACUCGCUGCUUUACUGGUAACAGUCUUCUUCGCCUGAAACUGGACCAUUCUUCCGUUGGGUGUUUCAGAAUAAUGAACUAUGAUAGAAUCUUUCCUAAAUCACGUUUUGGAUUUUGGGAGGUCAGAAUUUGGCUCUCGAUCAGGAGGUCUGAGAGACCGUCCUGGGGUGUGAUUGUUAUGUGAUGAUUUUGUUACCCAAUUUAAAUAGUUACAAGGGGUUGUUCAUAAAAUAGAGUGGAUUACAGUAUGACCAGUC